AUGAGCCUCAAUCGACAGGAUUCGGCACAGGACGACAACCUGCGAAGGGAUGGCGAAAAGCUCCACGAGUCUUCACAUCUACCGACUUUAGCUAGCGAAUAUGCAACAAAGCCUGUCACAUCACCUUUUUUGCAGAGGACGAAAACCUAUCUUUCCGAACCUGUCGUUGCAGCUUUCAUUGCUGGCGGUGUCGCUGGUGCCGUCUCGAGAACAAUCGUUUCACCUCUCGAGAGGUUGAAAAUUCUACUCCAAAUUCAGAGCGUUGGUAGAGAAGAAUACAGACUGUCGAUAUGGAAGGCAUUGGUCAAGAUGCGAAAGGAAGAAGGAUGGAGAGGUUUCAUGCGCGGCAAUGGAACCAAUUGUAUUCGAAUCAUUCCAUACUCGGCAGUGCAAUUUGGGAGCUAUAAUUUCUACAAAAAGUUCAUAGAAGCAACGCCUGGAGCUGAUCUAAAUCCCAUACAACGACUGUAUUGCGGAGCCCUUGCUGGAAUCACCUCCGUCACAUGCACCUACCCUCUUGAUAUUGUUCGCACCAGACUUUCGAUACAGUCUGCCUCCUUCGCGGACUUGGGCCAACGAAAAGCCGGCGAAAAGCUGCCCGGCAUGUUCGAAACUAUGGUCAGUAUGUACAAAAAUGAAGGCGGCAUGCUUGCGCUUUACCGCGGUAUCGUCCCGACCGUCGCCGGUGUGGCUCCAUAUGUUGGAUUAAACUUCAUGGUGUACGAGUCCGUUCGUGUUUACCUCACGCCCGAAGGAGAAAAGAAUCCCAGCCCUGCGCGGAAACUCCUUGCCGGAGCUAUUUCUGGAGCAGUUGCUCAGACAUGCACAUAUCCUUUUGACGUCCUCCGUCGUAGAUUCCAAAUCAAUACCAUGACUGGCAUGGGCUACCAAUACAAAUCCAUCUGGGAUGCGAUCAGAGUAAUCGUAACUCAAGAGGGUAUCCAGGGUCUUUAUAAAGGCAUCGUUCCUAACUUAUUGAAAGUUGCGCCGAGCAUGGCCAGCAGUUGGCUCAGCUUUGAGAUCACACGCGAUCUACUUGUCGGCAUGAGGGAAGAGUAA